AUGCCACCUCCCGUCCAAAUCGCGAAUCUACCCAUCACCGCCCCUAAAGUCGGAGAAAACGGCUACCAGGGAUUCCAGCCCGGCAAGGAAGAAGUCCUUCCGGAAGGAUGGAACGGCUUCAACUCGCGCGCGCUCUCCUGCGACAUCCUGGUCCAGCAUGACGUCGGCAUUCGAGUCCGCGACGGCUGCACUCUCUACUGCGACAUCUACCGGCCGCCCGGGGCUGACAAAUUCCCCGCCAUUGUGUGCUGGAGCCCAUUUGGGAAAAAGUUCAACGGCAUCGGGAUGAUGAAGAACGUCAUGUGGGGUUGCGGCGUGCCCGAUGGCUGUCUGAGCGGCCUGGAACGCUUCGAGGGCGUCGACCCGGCCGAGUUUGUCCCGCGCGGCUUUGCCGUCGUUAAUGUUGAUGCGCGCGGCGCUGGAGACUCGGACGGAUCGAUCGUCAUCAUGGGCACGCAGGAAGCGGAGGACGGCUACGAUGUGAUCGAGGCCCUAGCCAAGAUGGACUGGUGCAAUGGGAACAUCGGCCUGGCUGGGAACUCUCAUCUGGCGAUUGUGCAAUGGUUUAUCGCCGCCACGCAGCCGCCAUCGCUCAAGGCUAUCGCGCCCUGGGAGGCCUGUGGGGACCUCUAUCGCGAGCAGUUCGUGCGCGGCGGGCUCUGGAACAAAGGCCUGUUCGACCUCAUCACUCGCAUGGUGAUCCGCGGGCGAAACGGGCUGGAAGACUUCCAAGAGAUGCACCGGCGGUCGAGUGUGAUGAACGCCUACUGGGAGGACAAGCGGCCAGACCUCACGAAGAUCAACAUCCCCACGUACAUCGUGGCGUCGUAUUCAUCCUUUGUGCACACGAUGGGGUCCAUCCGGGGCUGGCUGGAGGUUCCGUCGUCAGAGAAGUGGCUUCGCUGGGACCCGUACCAGGAAUGGUACGACCUCUGGGCAGUUGAGGAGUCUCGCGACGAACUGGCGCGGUUCUUCGGGAAGUACCUUCGAGGCGACGAUAACGGCUGGGAGAAGACGCCCAAGUUCCGCAACGCCAUCUUGCGGUUCGGCGAGAAGGAGCCCAUCCAGGACAUCGUCGAAGAGACCUUUCCAAUUCCCCGGACGCGCUAUCUCGAAUAUUUCUUCCAGGCGGAUGGGACGCUGUCCGACAAGCCAUCCCCGUCCACUGCACUCAUGAGCUAUCGCUCUGAGUGGACGGUCCCCAACGGCCGCGAGUACGUGUCGUUUGUGCAUACCUUCCAAGAAACCACCACGCUGUGCGGACUUCCCAAGGCCGUCGUAUACAUGUCCUGUCCGGAUCACGACGACAUGAACAUUUUCGUGGCGAUCCGGAAGCUGGACAAAACCGGCAAGCCCAUGCUGAACGUGAACAUCCCCUGGCAUCGGGUUCCCUUCAAGACCAUCGACGCGAUUCCGACCAACCAGUACAGCAAUCUGACCAUCUAUCACGGGCCCAUGGGUAUCCUGCGCGCCUCCCAUCGGGAAAUCGAUCCAUCACGGUCCAUCCAUCCGCAGUACCCGUUCCAUACGCAUCGGGAGGAGCAACGGGUACCUCCGGGCACGGUGGUAGAGUUGGAGAUUGGACUCUGGGCGAUGGGGAUUGAAUUCGAGGCAGGUGAGUCGCUUCGAGUGGAGGUGUCCGGGCAGUAUCCUUUCCACCAGGAGUUCAACGAAGCGGUCACCACGCUGGAAAGGGAGAUGAACAAGGGGGUUCACCAGCUGCAUGUUGGAGGGCAGUAUCCGAGUAGGAUUGUUUUGCCGUUUAUAUAG